AUGAAGAAUGGAAAAUCUGGUGCAGACAAAGGGAUUAGCGCAGAAAUGCUAGAAUAUCUUCCUCCAUCUGGGAUUCGUGAGAUGACAAAGGUCAUCCGUUCAAUGUGGAUAGACGAAAGGAUACCUGAUUCGUGGAGACACGCUAUCAUAAUUCCCCUCCACAAGAAGUUAUCCGUCACGGACCCUAGGAAUUAUCGAGGAAUCUAUUUGCUGCAUGUUAUGUACAAGGUACUGGAGCGCAUUAUCCUGGACCGACUCAUGAAAAUUCGCGAAGAAACAACGCUCGACGACAAAGCUGGCUUUCGUCUUGGCCGAUCUACAAUUGACCAGGUGUUCAUCGUCAGGAAAGUGAUCGAAAUCUGGCAGCAGUAUUCGAAGCCAAUGCAACUAGUGUUUCUUGACUUUGAAGCCGCGUUCGACUCUCCUCACCGAGGCCAUCUUCUCAACGAGCUUCGAGCUGGAGUACCAGGAAAGUUUGUUCGCUUGCUUGAUGACAUGAAUCAACGAACAAGUGCUGCAGUUCGAACACCAGCCGCAUGUACAACACUGUUCGAGGUGGUAAAUGGAGUAAGACAAGGGGUAGCCCCUUGA